AUGGGUUCCGUCGCAACGCUUGAAGAGACUCGCUCCAUCAUCAACGUCAUUGAAGAUGAUGCUGCGAGUGACCCCAAUCGCCCGUUUGUCUUUGUACCCCGAUCAACAAAACCUCAAGAUGGAUGGGAGCCAGUCACAUACAAACAGCUAACAAACGCUGUCAACCAUGUCGCCCAUAUCAUUGCACAAAUGGUCGCCAACGAUGCCCGAAAAGACAACUUCCCGACAAUCGGCUACAUCGGCCCAAAUGAUACGCGAUACAUCAUCUUCAUGCUGGCGUGUAUGAAGGCAAAAUGCCAACCCUUUCUACCAUCUCCCCGAAACACCAUCGAAGGCCAGAUCUCUCUCUUGAAGGCUACCGACUGCCGCUAUUUCUGGUAUGGAGAAGGAUACUUGCCAGUUAUCCAGAAGAUUCUCGCACAACGCGAGCUGCAAGUAACCCAAGUUCCAAGUGCCAAGGAAUGGCUCGAGGCUACGCCCAAGCCUUUCCCGUAUAAUUAUUCGGCCUAUGAGACUCGGUCACAUCCAUGGAUCGCUCUUCACACCUCGGGCAGUACGGGGAUUCCCAAGCCUAUGCUGAUUAGCCAGGCAAAUCUCCAGCUUCUUGGCAAGUUUCGCGGUAUCAGCGACCAGCACGGCAACACUUCUUUGUACAAUGCAUGGGCUUCUCGCUCAACAAGAGUGUUUAACCCAAUGCCGUUGUUUCACGGAGCGGGAAUAGGAAUGCUCAUGAUGCUCGUUGUCUAUUACAAGAUGCCCUGCGCCUUGAACAUUCCGGAGAAGCCAUUGAAUACCGAGCUGGUGUUGCAGUGCUUGUCUCAUGCCGGAGUUGAUGGAGCUAUUCUACCUCCCUCGGUCAUUGAAGAUGUCUCUUCCACUGAGGCCGGCGUAAAAGCGAUAGCAAAUCUUAGCUUCAUCUCCUUUGGAGGUGGCAGUCUGUCCGGGCCAGUGGGCGACAAGCUCGUGGACAAUGGAGCGUUGAUAAUUAACCUUUAUGGAGCUAGCGAGACUUUCCCUCUGGCCCUACAAGAGCAGCCAAAUCCUCGCCUUUGGCGGUAUUUCGUUUUCAACCCCGAACUUAUAGGAGCCGAGAUGAUUCCGACAGCGUGGGAGGGAGUGUAUGGAUUCAAAAUUCGCCGUAACAAAGAAGAUGCUAGUCUCCAGCCUGUCUUUAACAAUUUUCCAGAAAAGGAUGAGUUUCUUACCGGAGACUUGUUCGAGGCUCACGAAUCCCUGCCCAACCACUUCAAGUACUAUGGGCGAGGAGAUGAUGUCAUCGUCUUCUCAAACGGAGAGAAGCUGAAUCCAGUGGACAUAGAAGACAUGGUCGUUGCUCAUCCAGCUCUGAAGCAUGUCCUGGUUGUUGGACAGCAAAAGUUCCAGCCAGCCAUCAUAUUGGACCCGAAGAAUCCCGUGAAGAGCGACGCAGAAGCAGAAGCGCUGAUUAACGAUGUUUGGCCUCUCAUUGAGCAAGCCAAUAAGCAAACAGUUGCGCACGGUCGUAUUGUUCGACAGCUGGUAGCUCUUUCAGACCCCAAUAUGCCGUUUUUGCUAGCUGGUAAAGGUACCGUGCAGAGGACUCAAACCGUUCGUUUGUACAACGACUACAUUGAAGGUAUCUACCUGCAAGCAGACGCUGCUGUGAACAAUGUCAACUUGGAUCUCAGCAGCCAGCAAGCUUUGGCGUCAUCUAUCAAGGAGCUGCUUCAAGACAAGCUUGACGUUGAAAAGCUUGAGCAAGAUACGGACUUUUUUAGUCAUGGAGUCGACUCAUUGCAGGUCAUUACCCUGGCUAAAAUGCUGCAAGCGGGACUUGAAAAGGCAGGCAUCGAGGUUGAUCCUAACGUUGUCGCACCUCGUUCCAUUUAUUCCAACCCUUCAAUCGAGCUUCUUUCCAGCUUCAUCUUCCGCUCAAUAUCCAAAUCUGGUGGAGAGAAUGGCGAGUCGGCAGAGGUCGAGUUUAGUGCACAGCAGAUCAAGGCCAUGGAGGCUAUAGUCGCAAAAUACACUAGCAAUCUCCCGGAACGCAAUGAUGCUCAAAGAGACCCUAAUGAAACUGGUCAAACAGUCAUCCUGACGGGAUCAACAGGUUCUUUGGGAAGCUACAUGCUCGACCAGCUCAUCAACUCGCCUCGCGUCAGCAAAGUGUACGCACUCAACCGCGGCGCUGAUGGAGGCCGUUCCCGCCAGGAGGAUAUAAACGAGAACCGCACCUUGACCAAAGACUUCUCCAAGGUUGAGUUUUUGGGCUCGGACCUAUCAAAGCCAAAUUUUGGACUUGAUGCUGCCAAGUAUGCGGAAAUGCUGUCUUCCGUAGACAGAAUCGUCCACAAUGCUUGGCCGGUCAACUUCAACAUGCCAAUCGCUUCCUUUGAGCCAUUCAUCCGCGGCGUCCGCCACUUUGUCGACUUUGCGGGCGCGUCGCCCAAGAAAGUUGCUGUGGUGUUUGUUUCAAGUAUAGGUACUGCAAAUAACUGGAAAUCUAGUGAGCCUGUGCCUGAGCGACGACUUGAAGAUCCAAACUUGGCAGAGAUGGGAUACGGGUUGUCGAAACUCGCGGCCAGCUUCAUCCUGGACGCCGCAGCCGCACAAUCAGGCUUAGCCACUGUGUCUGUGAGAGUGGGACAAAUUGCUGGGCCCAAGGCUGGAAAUGGCGUCUGGAAUCCGCAAGAGUUUGUACCAAGCUUGAUUGCAAGCUCGGUUCAUCUCGGAGCCAUUCCACGUCAUAUUGGCCCAUUUCAAAAUUCCGAUUGGGUCCCGACAGAAGACGUUUCUGGAAUCAUCCUUGACGUGGCUGGCAUCACAAAUUCCGCUCCUAUUGCUGAAAUCAAUGGCUACUUCCACGUGCAGAACCCGGCCAAGGUGCAAUGGUCUGAAGUAGCCGACACCCUUAAAGAAUUUUAUGGUGGACGCAUCAGAGAAUUCACAAGCCUGAGCGAAUGGGUUGCGCUCCUGGAAGCCAGCGCUUCUGAUGAGCAAAACCUGGAUAAAAACCCUGCCGUCAAACUUCUCGACACGUAUCGCGGGUUUAGAGAAAAGGAGGCAGCCGGAGAGGCAUCUGUUGUUUUUGACAUGAAGAGGACAAUCUCCAAAAGCACAACUGCAGCAGCUUUGAAGCCCAUUGAUACAGAGCUGUUGCGGAAGUGGUGCACUGCGUGGAACUUUUAA